ACGAUGCUUGCGUUUUUCCAUUUUCUUCCUCUCUCAUUCAUCGGUGAUGUGUGAUGAACAGAUUCGCAAAAAUAAUGAGCAAAUUCAGUGCAUGAACUCCGCGCCGGUGAGGUUCCAUCUCCGUUUCGCUCUUGGCCACUCGGGGUCCGUGUGAUCGACAGGCGGCUCUUGAGCUUGACCUGCAGUUUGAAGUCGAGCUUCGCUGGAGUGAUUAGAAAGUAAACUCAUUUAAAACGUCUGUCUUCCGGACUCUACCUGAAAGCAAGGAGAAUGCAAUCGCUUUCAUUAACGCAGGUUCUGAACAUUGUUUGAGGAAGCGAGUGUAGACAGAACAGGAGAUAAGGAAGAGGACAUGGCCGGCUCACAGGAAAGAGAGUAAUCUGAGAGGCCAGAGAACACAGGGCAGAAAGAUGAAGCUGUGGGGGCGGUCAGUGGUGCCGUUGCAGGUUGUACUAUUGGUCACCUUGGUAAUGUGGUCGUUCCAGUCAGUUUUUGCGAGUACACGGAGUCUACGGGGACAUACAGCUUCAUACCAAGUGAAGCAGGGAACAUGUGAGGUGGUGGCCAUCCACCGCUGCUGCAAUAAGAACAAGAUUGAGGAACGUUCACAGACCGUCAAGUGCUCCUGCUUUCCUGGCCAGGUCGCCGGGACAACACAUGCCCAGCCGUCUUGUGUGGAGGCUUCCAUCGUGCUACAGAAGUGGUGGUGCCAAAUGCACCCGUGUUUGGAUGGCGAGGAGUGUAAAGUUCUUCCAGAUCUCACUGGUUGGUCCUGCAGCACUGGUAACAAAGUCAAAACUACCAAGGUCACACGAUAGCAAGAAUAUGGCUGCAGACUCCUCACCAACACACAAAAGGAACAGGAGACUUGUUUAAGAUACUGACAUUACGGAGGAUUCAGUACAUAUGAUAGAUGGACACCUAUUGUAGACUAUAAAUGACUGCAUUGCUUUGACAGAAGAUAUGAGGAUGUACUUGAUCUGAAGAAUGUCUGUAUAUACCUGUGGUGCGAUGCUCAGUGCGACUGCAGAUGCUGGACACCACAGGUGCUCACGUGAGACUGCAUCUGUCAGCUCAAAGAGGCUUUUUGGAUUUUUGCUGGCUCUGGCUGUUCUUGUGUGUGUAUGAAGAACAAAGUUCCUUUGGACAGUUUGGACAUGGCUGGGAGCUUGUGUGGUUGUGUAUGUGCACGUAGGUGCAUGGUAAAGGAAUAGUUCACUCAUGCCAUUUCAGACUUGUAUGACUUUAUCUCUUCUGUUAAACACCAAAGGAGAAUUUUAGAGGCUGUUAAGCUUCGAAAAGGACAACAAAGCACCAUUAAAGCAUCAU